UUAUGAGCCCAAUGUUUGAAAUUCUUUUUUUUUUCGCAAUAAAAUUUCUAACAUUUCUAUUGUAAAGCGCAAAAUGGGAAUUUAACCCGCUAGUUGAUACAGGCACUUUUAUCGGGCAUGUAUCUUUCAUCAAGCAAUGGAUUUCAAUUAGAUUAGAUAUAUAGUAAUGCUUUUUAGAUAUUUAAUCUUUUUAUUCCUGUUCCCUGCCCAAAGAUAAAUUUGAAAUGAAGUAAAGCGGAAACAUUUGUGAUACAACGUUUGGUAGAAUUUGCAGGAUUAAUAUUUAGUUUUAGGUGUAGCGGCUGAAUUGAAUUGAAAGAACGUGUAAUAAAUAUAGUUAUUUCUAAUUUGAGUAUUUUGAUAAUUUUAAAGCUACAGUUUUCUAGAUGUAAAAUAUCAUAUACAAAUACCAAAAUAAAUGAAGCAUUCAAAUUACUGCAUCAUCAAACAAAAAUGAUGAAAAAUGUUCCUUUUAUGUGGCAAAUCGACAAACAGGAUUACUUUUAUUAAGUUAAUUAAAGUAUGUGGGUCUAAUAAUUGUACAACUACAGACAAAUGAAACGUGAACAUAUUUUCUGUCUAUUGAUGCGGAUUAAUAAAUAGCUAUAAAUACCAAUAUCAAAGUUAAAUGUUUAGAUGGGAAAUAGAUGGACACUAUAUGACUUUGCUUUUACUUAAUUGGAUAUGAAACAAAGUACCAGCAAUUAAUGACUUUAAGUUUAUGACCAGCUUAUUAUUAAUAAUGUUCGUGCCCGUAGCGCAUCUCGGGAAUAUCUGUUAGAUAUAUCUGGUAGUAAAUCAAUUAUUGUGGAAGAUUUAUUUACAAGGGAGAUAGAGAAGCAGACGGUAGAGGAGCAGGCAAAAACAAAGAAACUUUUAUCCAGUCGGAUUAUGUUUGAGAUAUUACUAGGAAUUUGUUGUGCUUUGAGUCUCGUGUACGUGUUCCUUUGUAUUUGGCGCAGACGGAAAAGGAAGCCACCUCCUGGUCCAAAAGGAUAUUUAUGUUGUGGAAACAGUUUUCAGAUUGAUGCUGAUCGUAUCCAUCAUAAUUUAAACCAACUUCGAGAAGAAUUUGGAACAAUUUAUCAAUUGAAAUUAUACGGAACUUCUAUUAUAAAUUUGUCGUCUGCGUCACUUUUGAAUGAUGCGCUUGAAACCCCGCCGACGGAUGAAUUAGCUAACGAUCGGUCGGCAAACUCUACCUCAGACAUUUUCUACGGCCGGAAGCAUAUGGGAUGUGCAAAUUUAUCAAGUACUACACUACUUUUGCGAGAAUUUCAUAGCAGUGCAAUACCAAGAUAUUUUGAAAGUGAACAUUACUUUGAAUUACUUAUUAAAGAAGAAGUGAAGAAACUGCAUUUAAACCUUAUAAGUAAACCGAGAUGUAAUAUUAAUCCACAUGGAUAUUUAAGGACAUAUUUCAAAAACAUGUGUUCAGUACUGUUGAUUGGCGAAUCUCUCCCCGAGUCAGAUCCUGAAAAAGAUGUGCCGUGGGAAUUCAUUGAUCAUUUAUUUGAACUUAUUGAACCAUCAGUAGAUGGCGCUCUUAGAGCAUUUCCUUUUUUGCGAUACUUGCCCGGUUACUAUGGAGAUGUGUACAGACGGACGAUUGAAGCAAGAGAUAAAGUGGCAAAACGCUUUUUCGAGGAACAGAAGAAAACAUACACAUCUGACAUAAGAUUGCGAGGGCUUGUUGAUGUGUGUUUAAAGCGCCAAUUAGACGACAACACUAAAACUGGCAGCACUUUGCUAUCGGAUGAGCACAUCAAAGGAUUCAUAUUUGAUACACUUGCAGCUGGUAUGACAGAAUUACUGAAGAGUGUCCGUCUGUUUAUUUUACUAAUGUGUCACUAUCAAGACGUACAGACACAUCUUCAAGCUGAAAUUGACAGUAUAAUUGGAACUGAACGGUUUCCCGCGGUUUCAGACCGGAUGUGGAUGCCGUACACGGAUGCUGUCAUGCUCGAGCUUUGGCGUUAUGGUUCUCAGACACCUCUGGCUAUACCACACUUGUGUAAAAAGGACGUUGUUUUAGACGGGUAUUUUAUAGAAGGGGGAUCCGUGAUUUUCCCAAAUUUGUACUGUAUACACCAUGACCCAGAAAUCUGGGGUGACCCCUGGGACUUCCGUCCAGAGAGAUUCCUUGACAGUAGAGGGGAUCUACUUCCGCCAGAUCAUAACUUUAUACGAAAUGUAAUACCAUUCAGUGUAGGAAAACGCGCAUGUCCAGGACAGGACUUCGCCCGAUCACGAAUCUUCAUCACCAUUACUUCACUCUUACAGCGCGUGCGCGUUCUACCACCGGAAAACUGUGAUUUGCCGUCUGCAGACCCGAGACUAUACACGAGAACAUUUCCGCUGGUAGAACCUCAGUAUGAAUGUCAAAUCAUAUCUCGAGAAAACAUUAUUAUUUGAUCUCACGAUACCCAGAAUGUUGUCAAUAAUCUCUUCUCUAGUCAAGUGUAACUGUUAGAUGUUUUGUGACACAUGCAAUAAUAUUAUAUUCUUACCAAAUCUAAAAGAAAUCAAGGACAAAAGUUCGACACAAAAGCCACAUUCAAACACGCAGCCUUCGAUUCAGCACUCCACAUGGAAAUAGGGGUAACACCGUAUGUGUAAAUAAAUAAACGUGCACAUAUACAUAUUACCGGUGUAUAGUAACCUUUGGAAACAAAGACGCACCAAAGCAAUGGAAGCAGAGACGCAGUCAGGCAAAAUCAUAGCAUAUCCAGUUUGACUGAGUGUUUGCGGGAGGCAAAGAAUAUAAAAUACAUUUAUUUUUUAUAGCUCUUUGCGAGAUGUAAUAAAAUGUGUAACAUGCUGUUCGCAUUAAAACACUGAAAUUAGUAGGAAGAAAAUGUUUUAAGUAUUUUGUUAAAAACUCCUUCCCUCUUAGCCUGUAAACAUGUUUAUAUGAAGUACUCUGUUCAAAGUAAAUGAGAAAAUCUUUAUAAGGAAAAAAAAUCGUCGAAAAUGCUUAACUGCAAAAAAUUGAUAUCAAGUUAUUCGUUAUCGAUGACUUUUAGAAUUAUCUAAAAAUGUUGCUUCUUUUAACAUUAACCGAAUGCAAAGGAAUAAAAAGGACAUGUAUUGUCACAA